AUGAGCUCCAAUGUGAACACUACCUCAAUCCGAACCACUACUCCCCCUACAUGUUUGACCAUAUCUCUCAACUUCCGUGCUCUAUCCCAAUCUUCAAAUUACAAUUUCGAUCACGACCACGCACUCAACCCACCAGCCAGCGGAUAUACAGGAGAAGCUUACUCGGCAAUCAGCGAUCUCACUUGUGCCUCUGAUGCUAAAGUAGUAGAUUGGCUAAGAUCUCCCGGCUGGGAUUGGGAAAUCGCUCUGGAUCCUAUUGAUAUUCCUAAAGGACCGGAUCGAUGGCUUGAUAGUAUCCCUCAAAGAAGUCUUCAGUCUCAUGGAUCUACCACAGGCAAUUAUGAAGAUGACGAUGGGUUGUCAUACGUGGAGGUAUCGAGCGAUGAAGGAGAUGGCUCCAGGGAUGAUUACACCGGAGUUUUCUAUGGACCAGGAGAUCCAGCAAGUGCUGCUAUACUCGAUAUGUAG